GUAUUAUUGAUUCCCUGGAUAAUCGUCGACUAAGUUGAUCAAUAUUACAAGUUUAGUAAACAAAACAAUCAUUUUCACGAAAACAAUCUCCAAAAUUGAAGAAGUUUUUUUUAAUAAAACAAGAAAAAGAAAGCAAUUUUCAUAAAAAGUAAAAUCAAGCAGCGAAGGAGUUGUUUGUCAGGACAGAUCAACAAGGAUUCAGGAGAAACAUCAAGGAGAAUUCCUUUGAGAAAAGCGGAGAAGACUUUGCUAUGUCUUCUGACCAAGAAGGAUCAUAUAGUAUCCAAAGAAUCCUUUCCAGGAUGCCCACAGAUGCCAGCAUCCAGUGUGAUUUGUAUCAAGGGCCAACAACGGACGAGCUUGAAUUGUUUUUCCCACAGAGAACGGAAGAGGAUAGGGAUGAUUUUCUCUGGAUGAUUUAUUAUCUGCGCUAUGCUAUCUUGAAUGGCCUCAGCCCAAUUGAGACUAACUACAGAAUGUAUCCACCAGAACCUUUUGACAUUUGGAGCAGCAAUGAAUGAACUUUUCUUUACUUUUUCUCAUAGAAAUCAUUAAAAAAAUGACUGAAAUAAUGAAGGAAUUAAAAAAAACUUCUUAAACUACUUUUAGAUGAAUUUAAUCGAGUUCUAAAGCCUCAUUUAAGAAGUUGGUUUAAGGGACCUACAUAUACCUGUUUUAAAUGAAAAUUUUUAUACCUUUAGAAGAAAAGAUAAUAAAAAGGAUUUUUUCUAAUAUUUUAAAAAAAUGAAUUUUCUAAAGUUUCUAUUACAUUUUUUCCUGAAUGUUAAACAAUCUUUAAAUAUUGCUAAUUAAACGAAGAGAGAUGAAUCCAUAAGAUAUCUUCAAGGAAUUUUUUAUUAAGAAACUGAUACAGUUAUUGGCAAAAAUAUUUAUUUUGUACAUAAUUUAUUUCGUGAAAAUUCAAAAAUAUGGAAACGCAAUUCCAGUAAUGAUUCAUUCAAAAGCUUUAAUAAUUUUCCAUUCCUGCUAAAAUAUCAAAAAUAUUGAUUCAGUUGGCACAAAUGCCAGGGGAAAACAUAUUAUAGAGACUAUAAAGAAUCUACGAUAAACAAGAGAUUCUCAGAACAUUCAGAAGACACCGAAGAGUUUCACAGAGUGGACACACACCAAAGGAGCCGAAGAAGCUGAUAAAAAUUCUAGUGUAGAAAUACAUUUCAGACAGUUCAGUCGUGUUUUUGAGUGACUUUGAACAUGGAAAUUAUGGCUAAAAAUAUCCUGAAUUUGCUGAUAAUUGCUCUAGUUGUGGCACAAUGUGUGGAAUUGAAGCCAAUGGAUCGAUUUGAAGACUUUGACUGGGAUAACUUUGGAGAAUCGCUUGCAAAUAAGAUCCAAUCAUCUAUUACUCAAAGCUUCCAACAAUCGGGGAUUUAUGAAUUGGGACCCAAGAUUGAGAAGCAAGUCCAGCAAUCUAUGGAUAAUAGCAUGUGGUACAAAAGACCAAAUGCUUGUUCGGACGAAAAGGUUGAUGUGACAGACGAGAAGAGACCAGGAUGCGAGAAUGGUUCUAAUGUCUCACAAUCACAGAUGUGCAAUGAGAUCAAUGGAGUGAGCGUUUGCACAAUCACCGAAACUCGAGGUUGCCAGACUAAACGUACAACAAGAACUUAUCGUUGCUGCGAAAACUUUACACUCAAAAAUAUUGAUGGAAAAAUGCAAUGUGCUUAACAUUAUUGCUCUGAAUUUUAAUUGUUCUGUACUCGAGAAUUUUUUGAAUGUAAAUUCCAACGAGGAAGUGAAUAUAAUUUGUCAAAAAAUGA